AUGUUUUGUGAAGAUUUACAUUUGAUUCUGAGUCGAAUAAGUAGUAAAGAUCCGUUAGUUAGUUAUUUUGGUGAUCAUAUUAAAUCAGAUAUAAAUACAUCAAAACGUCAUACUAAUUGGUUAGCAGCAGUUAUUGUUGAAGAAUUAGAAUUUGAUUCAUCUCCGAUAAUUAUUCAUACAACUGCUCAUCAUUUAUCGAAUCGAUUAUCAACAAAUGCCGAUCAAUAUUAUAUUAAAGGAAAUCGAUUAAACUAUUUUUUGCUUUACCAUCCGAUUGAAUUAUUUUCGAUGAUGAUAAUACAAAUGAAACAAAAUUUCAACAAACUGAACCUGAUGCUAUAUUAUCUUCUCUAUCAUCGUAUUGGCAUACUUAACAGACCAUGCGCAUUUAAGUUUAAGUGUAUUAACAAAUCAUUUUGA